AUGGCAUCUCUUUAUAAUACCAUUCCCUGUCGGUACAUAGUCACACCGGAAUCUCAGUCGGAUGUCCCACUCCUCUGCGAACCACGCAAAUAUCUCUCCACAGAACGCCGACCCAACCUCGACAUCGCUCGCACCAAGUUGAACAAGUCCAACCCCACAGCACCUAAGGGUCUGUUCGCCAACAGUGGGCACGCCCACUUCUUUCCUCUUCUAGAAGUGACAAAGCAUUCUGCUAGCAAGCAACUGAGAGUAACUCGUGCCCACCAAGGCUGCACCCUUGACCCCAUUAAUGCAACAGUUUUAGAUAUCUCUCUCUCUCUCUCUCUCUCUCUAUCUCUCUCUCUCUCUCUCUAUCUCUCUCUCUCUCUCUCUAUCUCUCUCAAAAGAUUUAUAUAUUUUCAUUGCGUAUUUUCCUUAACGUUUCUUUCUUCGUUAUCCUCUCUCAUUUUCGGUGAUUUGGGCCGAUAA